AUGGUGCUGCUACGGCGCAGGCUGCGCUGCCAUUAUUGUAACGUCCAGUCACGAGAUGCUGUUUCACACAUACCCAAGACAUAUUCAUGUCCGCAUUGCGAUGCCGUGAAUCACUUCGAUGAGCGCGGCAAUAUCACCGACCCACCUGUCGAUCAAAUCGCGACCGCACCUUCAACUUCCUUUCAAUACUUACGUUCACGCUCACCAUCGCCCGUCAUGUCUGCACCUGGCGACGAGCUGUUCUGCGACACAUGCCAGCGCAACCAAACGCUCUUAACCAACCUACUCGCCGCAUACCUCCCAGACGAAGAAGAUCCAGAGUAUGAAAAAUUCGAGGCAGCUUAUGACGAUUACAAGACCGAAGUCGAAGAGCGGUACCCGCAAGUCUGCCAGAACUGCCUCCCGCGGGUGCAGGAUCAGAUUCGCAAUGCGGGCUAUGCAGCGAAAGCGGAUCAUCUGCGGCGCAUCAUGGAAAAAAGUGAGGAGAAGCGGAGAACGGUUCAGACAUCCCGACAGACGUGGACCCUAAGGAUCAUUUCGCUGGCGAAGUGGACCUACAUCCUUAGCACAUCAUUCGGGGUGUUAUGGCACGCCUUUGGACUGAUCAUGGCUCCUGAUGAAGGGAUAUGGGCCGAUAGGCGCUUUAGCUGGGACAUAUGUCUGAGCCAGGCCAUCUUCGUUCACUCGGUCGACGAGAACUGUGUUCUGUCGCCCUACAUGGUCAAGUUGUUGCACUACGUGCUUACUGCGGAUCUACUCACCAUCUGGUGGAACCCGAAGUUGAAGGUCAAGACGAAUAGCCUGACGGGGCGAAUGCGCGGACUCAAAUCUCUCUGGUCCAUUCGCGUUGCCGUACUCCUGCUUCGACUUACAAGCCUCCACUACUGGAAGCGCGCCGCCAUUGACCACGAUACACUCAGGAGUUUCCAGAAUACGCACCUCUUCAUGUUGAUCGCAAUGGUACUGUCCUUUGUGCUCACUUGGAAGGCUGUCCGCAUUGUUUACCACUCACCCUCCUCUUUGCAACGCCCAGUAAACGAAAUUCCCCCCAGCACACCUAAUAGUGCACAGAAAGUUACUCGAGCUUCAUACCAAACAUCACACCCUCAACCGAACACUUUCGAUAACAUGGCACAAGCUUUCACGUCCAGCUUCCAAGACACCUCCGCACUGCCACCUUCACCAACCCUGACAGCUUCAUCAUAUACUACAAAUGACACUGAAGCCACUACACCAUACGGGGCGCGAAAGAGUGCAUUUAUUGAUGACAGCAUGGAUUGGACGCCCACGAAGCGCCGCUUCACAGACCAAACACCCACGAUUCUACCCUCGCAGUGGUCCCAGCGACCCAGCACCCAACAACCCUCGCCACCUCAACGACAGUUGCACGAACCACACUCCCUCUUCAGCAAACCCGACCCGAAUCCCUUCCGCCACAAAGUCCCCGCCGCGCCCAAAGCACCUCUCCAAGCACAGACAAAUCCAUGGAAACCAGGAGUCUGGGACCCUCCACUCAAAGACAACACGCCGAACUUCUUCAAGCAGGAACAGAAAGCUCGUGGAAGCGGCGUCGGGGAGGUAAAAGGGUUGGAUGGAUUUGGUGUGCCGAAGAACGUAAAGAGGGACGCGGAGUUGUUUGCGAGUCCGAAAUUGAAAUACGACUAUUAUGGGACAAUGAAGGAUACAGGACUGGAAGAUACUUUCAACGGGUUAUUUUCAAAAUGA